ACAACGAGAGCAGCGAUGAGGAUGUGUACGAGGACGCGCACGACGACAGCGCUGACGACGAUAAGAACUACAGCCUGUUGGGCAGUACGGUGGCUUUGACCACAGCCCGGGCAUCCACUGGCGCUGAUGAUGUGUUAAAAGCAGAGCUCGGCGCCGAUGUUGCAGUAGCCGCCAGCGAGAGCGCGCAUUAUGCUGAGCAGCUUGAAGAUGGGGAGCACAACAAUGGCAAGAAAAACACCAACAACAACAAAGCUGAGCAGCCACAAGCGACACAAUUGCGAAAUCCCAUCAGACGUUCACAAAGCGCACGCCACCCACGCGCUACUACACAACCAAUAAUGCGCGCUGACAACGCCACCGGCAAGAAUACCAACAACAGCGACAACAACGACUAUCAACUAGAAGACCACACAACAAAUGGUGGUGACCUGCGUUUUGUGGCAGACACUUGUGCCGGAAGUGGCAGCGCGCAUAGAGAACGCAAGUACAGCAACAACGACGGUCAUAAAAACAACAAAACUGAGAGUUACCGCGAAGAGGCCAUUUUGAGUUUUAAAGAUACCAUGGCACUGCGCGGCAAGCUGCACCGCAACGAUAGCCGAGAUUUAUUUGCACGUCCGCGCGAGCCACCACCUCCGCCACCCACACCCACAACCAGUACAGCCAGUAGCUGUGAUGCCGUUGCUACAGCUGCUGCACAAACGACCUCGACCGCCACCACAAACGACAACAGAGCUGGCAAUAACAAGGCCGCAGCUACAGCAGCCACAAAAGGCGGCCUGCCAGCCGUUGCACUAAUGGCGACGGAGAAGACGUCCACAAUUGCCGCGGAGUCGACACAAAACUGCCAAGCAAACAUUUCGACGCUAUCGCAUGUGCCUGCAACAAGCCAGCAGCCGACGGCCAACAAAGCAAAUAAUGCAGCAGGCGCGGAAAAAAGCUCACGUUUCGCCAAAGUCAGCACAAACGGAUUAGAGGGGCAACAGCAGCGGCAGCGACAAGAACAAGAAGCGUGGGCAAAAACUCAAACGCAGCUGGCAUUUGAAAGCCGCUCAGAUAGCGCACAAUGUGGCGUGCAGCAAAUGCUAACACAAAAUAGUCGCGAAACAAAAGCACCACAACAACAACAAACACAAUGUGUUCCCAACGCCUGGGAGAGCACGGUUCGCGCGAUAACAACACCGCGUGGCAGCAGUGCAACCAUUACCGCUAAUACCUCGCCACCGCAGCGCACCGUUGUGCGCGUCGCACCGUUUAACAAAACCAAAACCACUUCGGAAGUUCAUCGUCUCAAAAUAAGUCACACCGACAACGACGAUGCAUUUAGUAUCACACAACCACACCUACGGGCAGGCCAAUCACAUCAGUCGCCCACAUCGCCGCACUACAGCUUCCAGUAUAAUGGUGCGAAUGGUUCAACGUACGCCGGCGAAGCGGCUGACCUGACUGUGUCUACUGCACAGAAGAAAACUUCAAUUUUAAUUAACGGUGAUGACUGCUACUCAACGAUGAAUCUAAGUUGCGACGAUGCCAGCACACCACUCUAUCAAUCCUCUGUGGUGGUGGCUGACUACAGUGCCAAAAUGAUCACAAGAGACACGACAAAUGAUUUUGCACUUGGCAGCAAUUAUAGUGGACUCAGAGUGACGACCUCAUCAAACACAGUCACCAUCAAUGUCAGUAGUCCUCGCAGUGCCGCAGAGGAAUUGAUAUAUCAGCAUAAUAAAAUCAAUACGUUGCUGAGUCGACAAGCUGAAAACGCCGGUGGAAACAUUAGUAACGCUGGACGGGCUAUUAUACCAAUUAAGGGCUCCGCAGAGGUAAACCUUCAACGCUCAGCCUCAUCGACAUCCUCAGCAUCGACUAGCUCGAUCACCAGCUUGAGCAGCAGUGGUAGCGGCGGCGGAAGUAGUGGUUCAAUACCGAAACGGGGACGAACUUUGAUUCGUUUGGAUUACGAGCCAGAAAAGUCGACAAAUCUGCCACAACAGCAGCUAACCGAGCUUUGUGCGGAUAUUGACAUUUGUGUGAAAACGCCGGAGGAAGAUGUCAGCAAAACAGAUAUUGGUGAACCACUAUCGCACGAAGAGGAGUUAUUGAAGAUUUUGCGUAAUCCGGUUGAGGCUGUGAAAAGAAAUCUGGUACCACAUAUUUGCGGUCGUAACGAAGCGUCAACUGCGCGAGAUACCGUAAGGAAUAGAAAGAUGAAAAAUGCUGGCAAGCAGGUUGUUGUCGCAAAAGACACUAAAGUUGCAACCGAAAAAGCAGUUUUACCGAUUGACAAUAUCGGUGAGAGUAAUACGCCGAAAGCCAUGUCUUCGCCUACAGCACCAAAUAAAACGUCGUUCAUUACGAAAUUGCUGGAAGAUCCAAUGCUUAGUCAGGUGGCCGACGGUUUAGAAACCGAAACCGUUGCGGAACUAAUCGAAAACUCGUUGAGACGACUACAAGAAUCACGUAGCACAGUGGAUAUGACUGGUACCAAAGAUAAUGAUGACAUGAAUCGUUUAAUCAAUAUAUCGCUGCAGAAAAUCAAAGAAGAACGACAGCAUUCCGCGGUAACUACACCGCAAGCAGCGAAUGUGCCUACCACCGCCAACAAUACCCACCUUACCGUACCCACCAAAGAUGAAGAUGGCAUGUCAAAUCGUGGCAGCAUUAGCUCUGCGAACAGUUUUGCCUCGGCCAAUAACUAUGAAAUGUUCGACUUCGACGCUAACGAAUCCGAUUGCUAUCAGAGUUGUUCUAGCGAAAUCACAGCGCCGGGCGAUGACGAUAUAAGCUCCGCAAGCACGCGUUCAAAAUUUUAUCAGAUGCUGGUUGAUGCCACAUUAGCAGAAAUAGAGAUGUCCACCAAUUUGGAAGAGGAUAUAGGCAGUCAUCACUACGAGUCUAUACGCAACAACGGCGAUCCCAUUUAUGAGGAAAUCAAUGAUGUACCGCCACCCUUGCCAUUAAGCGCACCACCGCUUAACGAUACCGAUCUAGAGAAGAAGGCAGCGCGUUCCAUCUUCGAAGGCGCAUCGAAAUAUGACAUACUAUCAUACCUUGUGGAUGCAAAAGAACGUGGCGUAGUACGUGAAGAGACUUUCGAUUAUCCGCUGAAUUGUUCCAAUCCCAUAAUUAUUGAAGAAGAAGCCUGUGACACGCUCAGCGAACUCGGCAAACGUCAAACAAUGCGCGAUCUCAGUUCACGCGCCUCAGUCUUGAGCGAUUCGAGCGAAGAUGCACAAAGUAUGAUGAGCUCGCUCUCACCACCAACCAAUAACUUCAUUUGUGGCAAUGGCAGCCAUUCAAGUCUUUUGCAACGCAACAAAGGCGCCUCCAGCGAUAUUGAACGCAACGACUCUGGCGUCGGCUCAGAGACUAGCAAAAGCUCACGCAGCAAAUAUCAAAAUCCAUUGCCCACAGUCAGUGCACAGCUUUCCAAAGACUGUCCCAUACAUUUGUGUGAGGACUGUGAUGGUCAUGUAGAGACACAAGUCACCGACUCGGGUAUUAUGUUUGCACCGCUAGUUUGUCGUAAAUGCGGCAAAAAGCGUGUGGAACGCAAAGAGAUCAUAACCGAAAUCGUCGAGACAGAGGAGAAGUAUGGACGUGAUUUGCAAAUAAUAUUGGAGGAGUUUUGUCACCCCAUGCUGGUCGCCGGUCUACUGACACAGGAGCAGCUCUCUGCAAUCUUCUUGAAUACCGAAGAAUUGCUCGAGAACAAUCAAACACUGGCGGAGCGUAUGCGCGACGCACUCGACAUUGCUCUCGAGCAAGGCGACGACGAUCUGCUGACGGUGAACAUCGGUAAGAUAUUCCUCGACUUCACGCAGAUGUUGCACGCCUUCGAGAGCUACUGUGUGCGACAGGCGGGCGCCAGUUUGCUGCUGGCCAAUCUCGAAAAGGAAAAGGAGCUACUCCGCAUUUUCCUUAAGGUCUCUCAAAUGGAGAAUGCCGUUUUACGUCGCAUGAAUCUCAAUUCGUUCCUCAUGGUGCCGGUACAACGUGUAACUAAAUAUCCGCUCCUACUCGCCCGCCUCUACAAAGUGACACCGGCUCAUCUCGAAGGACGUGACCAACUAAAGCAGGCCCAGGAGAAAAUCGAGCUGCAUCUGAACCAUAUCAACCAGGAAGCCAAAGAUGUACCAACCAAACUAUGGCGCCGCAUAUCAUCAUCGAGCCCAAAUCGACGUGCUUCCAGCGAAAUCGAUAUGAUCAAUAUAAAACUACGGAAAAUGGCCAUCGAUAUACUCGAAUGGAAUCAUGAUGAAGUACGCUUUGCCAUGGAGGGCAAGCUGUUGUAUACACAACCUACGGACAGUAAUUGGAAGAAGGCACGCACUAUCAAACUGACGCCCGUUAAUGCAUUACUCGUUACGAAUGGCAAGCCAAGUGCCAAUUACAAGGCAGAAAAAGUUAUGUCAGAUAAACUGAAUUUCCCGAAACACACCGGCAUACGGGAGGCCUCAUUGCUGGUGGUAAAGGAAAAAUGCGGACGUUACACGCUGAUACGUGAGCCAUUGUAUCUGGACAGAUGCGUUGUGUGCAGCGAAGCGGAUUGGGAUGAUUAUUUCGAGAUACAGGAAAUCUCAUCGAAGGACACUUUCAUAUUCAAAGCCGAGGAUGGUGUUCGCACGAAGCAGUGGUACACACAGCUGCAGUUCCACGCACAGGGUAUGGGCGCAUGGCGCAAGCGACGCAAUGCACUGGCCAACAUCAUGAUUAACGGUAUGUUGGCGCGCAACUAAGCCGUUGGAGUGACAACAACAGCAACACUCCAUUAGCCACCCAUCAAAGACCAGCUUAAAAUUUACGAGGAAAAGCGCGAUUUUCCAACGAAAGUGUAAAAACGAUGAAAAAUCAUUGCUGAAAAAAUCGUUAAAUUAAAAAAAUUAAAAAAGUAAA